GUCGAGUCCGGCUGGCAUUAUUGUUGCUGAAAGCUGGGCAUAAUUGUGCCUUUGUUGCUGAAAGCUGGGCGCACUGUCGCCACAGUGGUCGCUGCUCCUGCACGCAAGCACUAGGUGCAGCCCCACUGCGAAAAAACAAGGCACAGCAAGUGCAGCCCCACUGCACAGCGUACCAUACGUACCAUGACGACCUCCCCAAUGAAAGCUGAUGAGACCGAGAGCGACAUCACCUUCGAUGUUCUAAAAAAGUGGAACCUGCGCGCUGGUAUCGUGCACCUCGUGCAGGCGGUCUUGAUGCUGCUCGCCUCGCAGCUCGUACCGCGCAUCCGCGACUUUCGCCUCGAGCUGACGACGGCGUUUCAGGAUUACGACGACGUCCAGAGGAAAUUAGUGACGAACGUCAAGGAUGUUGGGAGCGUUCCCAUCGGGCCCCUCGUGUCGGUAUUUUUGUUUAUGUCGGCGGUAGCACAUUUAUUGGUAGUAUCACCAUUGUACUUCGAGACCUACUGUGAUGACAUACGCAGGGGAAUAAAUAGAGCGCGGUGGUACGAGUAUGCGUUGAGUUCUGGCCUAAUGAUUGUCUUGAUUGCGAUGCUCUUCGGCUGUCGCGACCUCGCGUCCCUACUACUGAUACUGGCCGUAAAUGCGUGCAUGAACCUCUUUGGUCUGUUGAUGGAAGUUCUGAACCAGUACACGACGAGCACGGACUGGACGCCCUUCUGGUUUGGUUGCGUCGCGGGCGUCUGGCCGUGGAUCGUGGCCCUGAUGUAUUUCCUCGGAGGCGGGAAUUACGACAAGAUCCCGGACUUUGUGUAUGGCGUUUUUGUGUCCUACGCGUUGUUCUUCAACACGUUCCCGAUCAACAUGGUGCUGCAGUACAGGAAGGUGGGACGGUGGGCCGACUACCGGUACGGCGAGCUGUGGUACGUGUUCCUGUCGUUGGGGUCGAAGAGCCUGCUCGCGUGGGUCGUGUUUGGCGGGACGCAGCAGCCGAAUUAAUUCGCAGACUAAUUUUAUUCAAGUUUA